GUCUCACUCCACGUAUCCAAACCAAACCAAUUAUUUCAUCCGACACAAUUUUUUUUGCAUUAAAAAAAAAAAAAAAAUUUUAAUUACGAAAAAAAUCCCAAUUUUUGUAACGGACACUAACUCCCGACUCCAUACUCAUCCCCUUCCCUCUUCUCCUCCGUCACACACAACCUUCUCUGUCAAUAUUAUAAGAUUUCACGAGAUUUAAAAUCCCCAAAAGCCUCUAGGCGCCACGAGGUCUCUGAAACUCCUCUGUGUUUCUCAAGCAACGCCAAACCCAUAAACCCAGUUUUUUUUGUCGCUAUUCUAACCCCCCAACCCCAACCCUCUCUGAACUGUGGUUCGUACAGUGACCUCCAUCCUCCGGUGCCACGUCACCCCGCCGCAAUGGCCGAAAUGACGUUGGAGCUGGUGACCUACCUGCACGGCGACCUCGACCUCCAUAUCAUCGAAGCCCGGCGGCUGCCCAACAUGGACCUUGUCUCCGAGCGCUUCCGCCGUUGCUUCACCCCCCGUGACACUCUCACAAUCCCCCACUCCCGCCACACCGAAUCCGACGGCGAAGAACACAAGCCCCAACACAGCCGCCCUAAGAUCAUCACCAGCGACUCCUACGUCACCGUUUUGGUCCCCGAGACCACCGUGGCCAGGACGCGUGUCAUAAAGAACUCGCAGAACCCGAAGUGGAACGCGCACUUCUUCAUCCCCCUGGCACACCCCGUAAUUAACCUCGAGUUUCAGGUUAAAGACAACGACCUCUUCGGCGCCGAGCUCAUCGGCACCGCUAAGAUCUCCGCCGAGAAAAUCGCUACUGGAGAACUCAUAUCCGGGUGGUUUCCCAUUAUCGGGUCAUCCGGGACGCCCCCGAAACCCGACUCGGCGAUCCGGGUCGAGCUAAAGUUCACGCCUUUCGAGAAAAACCCACUGUACAAGCAUGGUAUAGCGGGCGAUCCGGAACACAGGGGUGUGCGCCACACGUAUUUCCCGUUGCGGAAAGGAAGCUCCUUGAGGUUGUACCAAGACGCGCACGUGCCGGAUGGGCUGCUGCCGGAGAUUGAAUUGGAUGGACGGAAGGUGUAUAGGCCUGAGAAUUGCUGGGAGGACAUUUGCUAUGCGAUUUCGGAGGCUCAUCACUUGAUUUACAUUGUGGGUUGGUCUGUGUUUCACAAGGUGAGGCUGAUUCGAGAGCCCAGCCGACCGUUGCCACGUGGCGGCGACUUAACGCUCGGCGACUUGCUCAAGUACAAGUCUGAAGAAGGCGUGAGGGUGUUGCUGUUGGUCUGGGACGAUAAGACCUCACACGAUAAGUUCUUCUUCAAAACGGCAGGAAUGAUGGGUACGCAUGAUGAAGAAACCCGGAAGUUUUUCAAGCAUUCAUCUGUUAAUUGUGUUCUGGCAACUCGCUACGCCAGCAGUAAGCUUAGCAUUAUUAAACAACAGGUUGUUGGAACCCUCUUUACCCACCAUCAAAAAUGCGUUCUUGUGGACACACAGGCACGUGGUAAUAAUCGCAAGAUAACUGCAUUUAUAGGAGGUCUUGAUCUCUGUGAUGGUCGUUAUGACACACCUGAGCACAGACUGUUCCGUGAUCUUAACACUGUAUUUAAGGAUGAUUUUCAUCAACCUACUUUUCCUGCUGGAACCAAGGCUCCAAGGCAACCAUGGCAUGACUUACACUGUAGAAUUGAUGGGCCUGCUGCGUAUGAUGUUCUUAUAAACUUUGAGCAACGUUGGAGGAAAGCAACACAAUGGAGAGAGUUCGGACUAAAAAAGAGGGCUUCACAUUGGCAUGACGAUGCUUUGAUAAAAAUUAACCGCAUCUCAUGGAUACUUAGUCCUCCACUAUCUGUUUCAAAGGAUGGAACAACUAUUCCAGAAGACGACCCUGCUUUGUGGGUUCAACGUGAAGAUGAUCCCGAAGAUUGGCAUGUUCAGAUUUUUCGGUCCAUUGACUCAGGAUCACUGAAAGGAUUUCCCAAAGCCAUCCCUAAUGCUGAGGCCCAGAAUCUUAUUUGUUCAAAGAAUCUGGUAAUAGAUAAAAGCAUUCAAACAGCAUACAUCCAGGCAAUCAGAUCCGCUCAACAUUUUAUAUAUAUUGAAAAUCAGUAUUUUCUUGGUUCAUCAUAUGCAUGGCCAGAUUAUAGAAAUGCAGGAGCUGAUAAUCUUAUCCCAGUGGAGUUGGCAUUAAAGAUUGCUAGCAAAAUUAAAGCUAAGGAGAGAUUUGCAGUGUAUGUUGUUUUACCUAUGUGGCCUGAAGGUGAUCCAAAAUCUGCUGCAAUGCAAGAAAUUCUUUUCUGGCAGAGCCAGACAAUGCAAGCAAUGUAUGAUAUUGUUGCAAAGGCACUAAAAUCGGAGCAGCUUCAGGACUCACAUCCUCAAGAUUACCUCAAUUUCUAUUGCCUUGGUAACCGGGAAAAACUUUCAGAGGAAACUUCGAAUGACAAUGGUGCUUCGGUCUCUGAUGCAUAUAAAUAUCAGCGGUUUAUGAUUUAUGUUCAUGCCAAGGGUAUGGUAGUAGAUGACGAGUACGUAAUACUUGGAUCUGCCAAUAUCAACCAAAGAUCAAUGGCUGGUAGCAAAGACACUGAGAUAGCUAUGGGUGCAUAUCAGCCCCAUUACACUUGGGCUGAGAGGCGGAAACAUCCAUUUGGCCAGAUAUACGGAUAUCGAAUGUCGCUUUGGGCUGAGCAUCUUGGUAAAGAUCCAUGCUUUGAAGAGCCAGAGAGUUUGGAAUGUGUGAGGACAGUCAACGGGAUUGCUGAAGAAAACUGGAAGAGAUUCACAUCUCCAGAUUUUACACUACUGCAGGGUCACCUUCUGAAGUAUCCUCUGCAGGUAGAUGCCGAUGGGAAGGUCGGCCCCCUGCCAGGACAUGAAAAUUUCCCUGAUGUUGGUGGUAAAGUAAUUGGAGGUCAUUCUGCCGCACUUCCUGAUACUCUCACAACAUGAUCUCUCCAGAGUCUUAUGUUCAUACACGACUUGUUAAAUAAAAUUGAAGCGAUAUGUCACCCAGCCCUCCGAGUUACCAGAUCAACCUAGUUGCUGUUUCUUUCAUGCUAAUUUCAGUUCGUUUCCUUGUUGAUUAGAUUCUGUGAAUUUGUACCGUAACUGAUGCAUAUGUGCCAACAUAGUUGAAAAUAUCACUUUGUGAAUUUACACACAAUGACUUGGAAGAGUAGAUAUUGUGAAUGAAGAUUUUUCAUUUCUUUUUCUGUUUUUGUACA